CUGGUGGUCAACUAGGUCCGAGUGAAAUUUGGUGGCGAGACCAUCCAACCUGGCUGCAAGAACGUGGCUAUAUGCUUCGUCCUCGUUACAGUCCAGACUGGACUCCUUGAGCAAAUGGCAAGGGUACCAUCUUUGACUACGAGGAUGGGCACCGCACAUCGGUGAGUAUCUUGAAUAAUCCUUCAGCAGUUCUCCCCUUCACUCCGUAAGAGAGCGGACGUCCUCGACGCUACGCGACUUUCGGACGACGUUAUGGUUGGACUGAAACGAGUAAGACAAACGGACCAUCCAUAUGAGGUAGAGAUAGCCAAGUUUCUCUCCUCUGAACCUCUCGCUUCCGACUCCAAGAACCACCACUCUAUCCUAGUACACGAGGUUCUCGACGUCCCUGACGAUGAAGAUCACAAACUUCUUGUUAUGCCUCUCCUGCGCCCCUUCUCCGAUCCCCGCCUCCUGACUGUCGGAGAGGCAGUCGAGUUCUUCAGGCAGUUUUUUGAGGGUCUCCGUCUCUUGCACAUUCAUUAUGUCGCCCACAGGGACGUCGGCGAGUUCAACAUCAUGAUGGACCCUCGCCCCAUGCUUCCACGCAUGUUUCACUUCGUGGACGUCUCACAAAAUCGUGAGAUGACCGGCAGUGCGAAGCGUUAUACUCGCACCUGGCGCCCUGUGAAGUACUCCUUCAUCGACUUCGGUCUCUCUCGCAGGCACAAUCCCGCUGCUGGCCCUCCUCGGUACCCGCCAAUCUGGGGCACGGAUCGCACUGUUCCGGAGUUCGCUCCAGCCGUGCGAUCCGUUUCCGACGGCUGUUUACUACAUGGGCAAUGUCAUUCGGGAGAACUUCCUCCAGGCAUGUCGUUUGAUCAUGACAUCUUGAACUUUCCUCACCACGCUUCGCAGAAAUUCGAGGGCCUCGAUUUCAUAGCGCCCCUUGUGAAUGACAUGGUACAUGAUGAGCGGACAAGUCGACCUACCAUGAAAGACGUCGUGGCUCGAUUUGCUGUCCUGAUGGGUUCCCUUAGCACAUGGCGUCUCCGUUCCCGAUUAUCUGUGAGGGGCGAGCAUUGGUUGAUACGGUCGUUCAGAGUAAUCGCCCACAACUUCACGACUCUGUUCUACAUCCUGACCUUCCGCCCUGCCCUCCCGCGGCCAUAA